AUGUCGAGACCCAAGGGACUGUUAUGGCUGCCACUGUUCUUCACGCCAGUCUGCGUCAUGUUGAACUCCAAUGUCCUCCUGUGGAUAACCGCUCUUGCCAUUCGGUUCACGCUCAUUGACAGCCAAGCACAGUAUCCAGUCGUCAACACAAAUUAUGGCAAAAUCCGGGGCCUAAGAACACCAUUGCCCAAUGAGAUUUUGGGUCCAGUGGAGCAAUACUUGGGGGUCCCCUAUGCCUCUCCUCCCACUGGAGAGAGGCGGUUUCAGCCCCCGGAACCCCCAUCGUCAUGGACUGGAGUUCGAAAUGCCACCCAGUUCGCUGCUGUGUGCCCCCAACACCUAGACGAGAGGUCUUUAUUGCACGAUAUGCUGCCCAUCUGGUUUACUGCCAAUUUGGAUACUUUAAUGACCUAUGUUCAAGAUCAAAAUGAAGACUGCCUUUACUUAAACAUCUACGUGCCCACGGAAGAUGGAGCCAACACAAAGAAAAACGCAGAUGAUAUAACCAGUAAUGACCGUGGUGAAGAUGAAGACAUCCAUGAUCAGAACAGUAAGAAGCCAGUAAUGGUCUAUAUCCACGGCGGGUCUUAUAUGGAGGGCACUGGCAAUAUGAUAGACGGGAGCGUUCUGGCAAGCUACGGCAAUGUCAUCGUGAUAACCGUUAACUACCGGCUGGGAAUUCUAGGGUUUUUAAGUACCGGCGACCAGGCGGCCAAAGGCAACUAUGGCCUCCUGGACCAGAUCCAGGCGCUACGGUGGAUCGAGGAGAAUGUGGGCGCCUUCGGUGGGGAUCCCAAACGAGUGACCAUCUUUGGCUCGGGUGCGGGAGCCUCAUGCGUCAGUCUGCUGACCUUGUCGCACUAUUCGGAAGGUCUGUUCCAGAAGGCUAUCAUCCAGAGUGGGACCGCCCUGUCCAGCUGGGCAGUGAACUACCAGCCUGCCAAGUACACUCGGAUAUUGGCAGAUAAAGUCGGCUGCAACAUGCUGGAUACCACGGACAUGGUGGAAUGUCUUCGGAAUAAGAACUACAAAGAGCUCAUUCAGCAGACCAUCACCCCCGCCACGUACCACAUUUCCUUUGGCCCCGUCAUCGACGGCGAUGUCAUCCCAGACGACCCCCAGAUCCUGAUGGAGCAGGGGGAGUUCCUGAAUUACGACAUCAUGCUGGGCGUCAACCAGGGGGAAGGCUUGAAGUUUGUGGAUGGCAUCGUGGACAACGAAGAUGGCGUGACGCCCAAUGACUUUGACUUCUCCGUGUCCAACUUUGUGGACAACCUUUAUGGCUACCCGGAGGGGAAGGACACGUUGCGGGAGACCAUCAAAUUCAUGUACACGGACUGGGCCGACAAGGAAAACCCGGAGACGCGUCGGAAAACCCUCGUGGCUCUCUUCACGGACCACCAGUGGGUGGCCCCCGCUGUGGCCACCGCCGACCUCCACGCUCAGUAUGGCUCUCCUACGUACUUCUAUGCCUUCUAUCACCACUGCCAGAGUGAAAUGAAGCCCAGCUGGGCAGACUCAGCCCACGGCGACGAAGUGCCCUACGUCUUUGGGAUCCCCAUGAUCGGCCCCACUGAGCUCUUCAGCUGUAACUUCUCCAAGAACGAUGUCAUGCUCAGCGCUGUGGUCAUGACCUACUGGACCAACUUCGCCAAAACCGGUGACCCAAAUCAGCCUGUUCCUCAGGAUACCAAGUUCAUUCAUACAAAACCCAAUCGCUUUGAGGAGGUGGCCUGGUCCAAGUAUAACCCCAAAGACCAGCUCUAUCUGCAUAUUGGCCUAAAGCCCAGAGUGAGGGAUCACUACCGAGCGACCAAGGUUGCUUUCUGGCUGGAACUGGUUCCCCACCUUCACAACCUGAAUGAGAUCUUCCAGUAUGUCUCAACGACCACAAAGGUCCCUCCUCCUGACAUGACCUCCUUUCCCUAUGGAACCCGCCGGUCUCCCGCCAAGAUAUGGCCCACGACCAAACGCCCAGCCAUCACUCCCGCUAACAACCCCAAACACUCCAAGGACCCUCAUAAGACAGGGCCUGAGGACACAACUGUCCUCAUCGAAACCAAACGGGAUUACUCCACCGAACUGAGUGUCACCAUCGCCGUGGGGGCCUCCCUGCUCUUCCUCAACAUUCUGGCCUUUGCGGCUCUGUACUACAAGAAGGACAAGAGACGCCACGAAACGCACAGGCGCCCCAGUCCCCAGAGAAACACGACCAAUGACAUUGCUCACAUUCAGAACGAAGAGAUCAUGUCGCUGCAGAUGAAGCAGCUCGAACACGACCACGAGUGCGAGUCACUGCAGGCACACGACACGCUGAGGCUCACCUGUCCCCCAGACUACACCCUGACGCUGCGCCGGUCUCCGGAUGACAUCCCACUCAUGACACCAAACACCAUCACCAUGAUUCCAAACACACUGACGGGGAUGCAACCUUUGCAUACGUUCAACACCUUCAGCGGAGGACAAAACAGCACCAAUCUCCCCCACGGACACUCAACCACUAGAGUAUAGCUUUGCGGUUCCCUUGCCCUCCCUCGGCUCCUCCCCGCCGGAGACAGGGAGAAAGAGAGAAGCAACAUCCCCACGCAAGGAAUGUCUGUCAUCCCACUGACUUAGGACAGAAACAGAAGAACAGCAACAGGGCCACCAUCAUGUCCCUGUGGACCCAUCCCAUUGGCAUUUCCCAGUAUUACGAGAUCAACUUCUGACCCUAUGAAAUGUGAAAAAGUAUCCAUUGCUGUUACAUCCCUGCUUCACCCUCCUCAUCUCUCCAACGAACGUUUAGCGUGACUAGGACAUCGCCGUCUCACGGACCUGGAUGUUUCCAACGCAACACUGAAAGCUGACCCUUUGGGAACUCAGCCAGGGACACUUAAAAAAAAAUUUUUUUUUAAAUUACAAUUGAAAAGCAAAACAAAACCCAACAAAAAAAGUUCUUUAUGUGCCAUACGACGGAUGGCUCCAUGGAAGGAAAGAAAGAGUCUGUGGGCUUUUACCCAGCAUACGGAGAGGAGGAAACAUAGAAUUUUAUUAUUCCGAGAGCAGACUAUGUAGGAACAUACGUAUAGUCCUGUGCAAAGAGAUGUUUUGCCAGCCUGAACUAUAUUUAAGAAACUUUGUAAAAAAAACAAAAAACAAAAAAAUGUAUAUAGCUGUGAGUUUAAACAAAAACACACACAGAGGAAAAAAAAACCAACAAAAAAGCUUUUAUUGGUGUUUUCAGUUUGAAAGAGCCUUUCCCAAGAUUGUGCUUUUCAUUGUGGUCUGUAUGUAUAUAAAUAUAUAUAUAUAUAUAUACACAUUAGUCAUUCACCUCUGUUUCCUCCCGGACACAGGAGGAUUUUCUUCUUAAUUACUUGUGGUCAGCAGAGACACGGGGCUUUCUAACACAUUUCAUUUGUAGGAGAAUGUGGUGUCACUCAGCGGACCCAGACUGUCUGUGCCGUGGGGCGUCCCCCCUUCGCAGGUUGCACAAAUGCAUGCAGCGGCAUUCCUAGGAGACCGUGGUUUCAGAAAACUUUUUUAUUUUUGUGUGUUAGCCUUCACGGAGUUGCAACGCCAGGACGGACCCCCAGCGUGGGGUCCACGGAGAGCUUGUCGAAUUAGAAACACACACCCACAGAGCGAUGGCAGGAGACACAAAACACAGAUCUUGGUCUGUCGUUGUGGUUCUUUGAGUAUGUUGAGGGAGAUUUGCUUCCCACUCCAGGGUCCUGCCAAAAAAGGGAAGAAAGCUUGCCUUUGGUGGGGCCAUGCCCUGCCGAGUAAAUACGGCUCAGUGUUCCCGCAGUGCAGCUGUGGAAGGCUUAACGCUGGUUAAGCUACCUCCUCCGUUUAGCUAAUCAGAUUGAAGCGAGGGCAUGUGUCUUUCCCUUUUUUUUUUUUUUUUUCGGUUUAAGCAGUAAGUCCCUUAUUUAUCAGUAAGCAAGAUUUUUUAAUUCUUCCUAUCAUUUAUUGGACAAAACAUACGCUUGUCUGAAAGUCCUGCCUUCCGUGGACCUAUAUAUCAGUCCCUGAUCCAUGAGCACUGCAGACAGAAAACAAACCCACAGAAAAGGACAGAACGUGAAAAGUGCUUUGCGUGGGUUUUCGGGGAAGUUAGGAUAGCUUUCACCGUCAAGGUAAGAUAUGCAAAUGACUCACCCAUUUUUAAAUCGGCAAGCAAGCUGGGGACCGGAGAUGUGCCCUCCAACACCUUCCCAUGUUCCCAUUGUCCUUUUAAUUCUCCCGAAGGAAUAUUUUUGAGUGUCAUAAGGUGGAAAGAAAAGAUAGCCGUGGUUACUUUGUAUUUUGUCUUUCAAGAAUUAUUGCAGCAUUAGGAAAUAGUAGCCAGAGAUACCUGAAAAUACUGUCUCUGGGCUUGACUGUGGUUAUUUUGCAAAGCCAGGCUUAAAAGUCAUUGCUGAGUUGGGGGUUCUCCGGAAAGAGCAGUCCAACCAACGUCCUUUUGCCCCUCGGGACUACCUUUGCGAACCGAACCCAUACACGAACACUGUAGUGAUGUACGUCAGCGUGUUCGAAAACGCCCUCUAGGAAAAGACAGUCCUUAGAAAUGCACACAAGUCACACAUUCAAUUCUGUCGUUUAUCUGGGGUUCCACGUGGGAGGGGUUCUCUGUAUAUACAUUUGCGACCUGUUUCAAUCCCUCCUUCACACGUGGCGAAGCCACACUCCUUCCCUGCAGCUCGAGGGGUCACGGAUACGAGUUUUGUCCCCCAGUUCAUCACUUUCUAAAGCGAUUGUCAGGUCAUUUCUGCAAGCUGUUUGUUUCCCCCAGCUGGGCUACGGCGACUUAGGCUGUCCAUACAUCUCCACGGGAAGUGAUGCCUGGCAUCGGUGUGGGUCUGGUAUGUUUGUAAUGUGAAUUCCAAUAUUUGUUUAGUAUUUCCAAUUGUCUUCUGCUAGCAAUAUGCACACUAAUGUGUCAGGCUUGUGACAUUUGGAUAAGGAAAAAAAAAAAGAGUUCUUGUUAAGUGAAUAACUUUAGCUUUUACAGAGGAUAUGAUCAAAAGAAAUUUAAUACAUCUUAAAGGAUAUCUUAUUUCUACAUGGAAAGAAGUUAUAGAAUCUUCAUAGAGUUCUAUGAGAAUAAAAUAUACUUGCUAUCUAUAAAAAAGUGAAAAAAGAGGAAAAAAAUAAGUAAAAAACAAAACAAAAAACAAAACAAAACACAAAACAAAACAAAAAACUUUCCUAGGCUUUUAUUCUUGACCUUCACAGGCACGCAGGGUUUAAUGGUUUCUUGAGUUAUUAUUUUGCAAUUUUGUUUUUGAUUUUGCCUUAAGUAAUGAUAGAAGAUAUAUAUGGCUGGACACAUAUGUAUAAACUUUUCAGCAGCAUUUUUAAUAAUAAAAUAUCACAGUAUUUUCUAAUGCUUUGUGCAAAUAA